CCACCGCCGCGCGCCGCCAGUCUUCGCCUGACCCUCUCCAUGCGCGGUCGAGGUCUCGCUCUGGGACUGCGCUCUCGGUGGUGACUCGGUGACGUCGUCGACGGUGACUCGGUGGUGACUUGGUGGCCGGUGAGCGCGCGCCUCCACAAGGAGCGAGAUGGCGCCGCCUCCGCGGUGCUCGGUGAUGGGGUCGAUGGUGACGCUGCUGGUGAUGGGGUGGAGCGCGUGCCAGGCGCAAGUGGCCGGGCUGACGCCGGCGGACACCGUGCACUCCGACUUCGGCGGAUUGUCUCAGUUGGUGUUCUCGCCGCAGCCGGGCGUGUCGGCGGCGCUGGACCCGCGGCGGCAGCUCUCCCUGCAGCAGCAGACGCACAUCCUCACGGACAUCCAGCAGCACCACCACCGCUUCUUCCAGCAGCCGCAGGCGCAGCACCAGCAGCCGCCCCAGCAGCUGGUCCCCCAACAGCCGCACCACCAGCAGCAGCACCCCGCGCAUGCGCAGCUCCUCUACUCGCAGCAGACGGACGUGGGCGCCAGCGCGCCCUCGGCGCCCAGGGAGACGGAGCCCAUCUUCCAG